AUUUCGUGUUGUGAAGACAACAUGGACUCCAGAGCAGGGUUCGUUUUUCUCGCGGCUUUCAGCAUUGCCAUUGCCAGCAAAGGUAAGUUCUCCAUUCCUAACGGCAUUUAAAUGAGUUCAGUAUUUCCUCUACAUGACAUAAAAAUAUAUCUGUAGUUGUUUGAAUCAUUUUUAAAAUCAAAAGGAAUUGGACAGUAGAAUAAACUGAGACGGGAGAACCCACGCAUACGUGUUACAUGAUCUCCCAACCUAAAUCACAACGGUAAAUCAUACCUACCUACAACAAACUGCUAGAUGGACAGCAUGGUCUUUUAAAACGAUAAUUUCAAGACUGUAGCCAUAUGGAAUAUCUCUCUUUAAAUUUGCUUUGUUUGAUUUUAGAUUACCUUAACUCGCACUGGCUUCAAAUAUUAAUCACAUUGGGAAAACCGUUUGUUUUAUUUUAUUUGUUUAUUUUUGGCGUGAAUAUUUUGAAUGAGUCUAAGAUCUUUAUGGUUUAUGGAUGCCAAAUCCAAUCAUACUCUGACUGAGUAUAAUACCCUUUGAAUUAUUUAGUCCUGGGAAUAAGAAUAUUUACUGAUUGGAAGGCAGUGCGUGGUGUUUCGCUUACAACUGAAGGAACGUCUCAAUAUCAAAUAUAUUGGACUAGUUAGUACCACUAAAUUCCUUUGUCAAAAAAGUUUGUGAUUUUUUUGCUGCAGGAGAUAAAUCUGUUCUCACUAGGUAAACGUAUUACUGAUCUACUUUUUUUCAGAUGGAUUUCCGCAUUGGGGAUAUAAAGAGUCAGGUAAAACAUUUGCCGAGUUUUGAACUCGGAUUUUCAAAAACUAUUAAUUGCGGGAUGCAUUUUAAUUUGAAUCAGAGUGCAAGAAUUAAACGACAACAAACCUGUAGGAGGUAUUAAGACUAAAAGUAAGGACCAGGUAUUAUUUUAUAUAGCAGCUCUUUCAUGAUUAAAGAUUUUCCUAUUUACGAGCAAAUUACCCAACCUCAUUUCAAUCACUCGUCCACUUUUUAUAACAAUAUUUGUGAUAAUAAGCAAACAAAACUUCUAAUACCCUUUGUAUUUAUUUUUUUUUUCAUUUGAAGUUAUAUUCUAUAUUCCAUAUACUGAGUCUACACCAAGAUCUAGGAUCUCUUCGCUUCUAUUUUUCUAAGCUGUCCUUGCAGAUUUUACAGUUCUUUUGAGUUCUACUUGGAGUUUAAGCUCUUAAAAUAAAUUGUUCCGAGCAUGUCGUUAGACGACAGUGGCCUCACGAUGUUGAGCCGUGCCUACUCUCACUGCGGAGUAUUUCGAAAUAGUAAAUAAAGAACUCUAUUUCAUGGAAAACAUGCAAGAUAUAUACUUUGAUAUAAAUCAGUUUUCCACAUUACUGCAUCCUCAGGAAUCGGUUUUUCGUUGAGUUUUAUCCGCAAUUAUUUAUUUUUUAUUGUAGAUUAUGGGCCAGGAGACUGGGGAAAAGUAGCGCCACCAUGUUCAGGACAGUUGCAGUCCCCCAUCAAUAUCGUUUCAAGUUUGGCUGAAGUCAACACAACCCAUAAUGACUUAGUAGUCAACUUUGAUAACAUGAAUGGCGCUGUCACCGGAUAUUUGAUUAAUAAUGGACACGCCCCCAAAGUGUUUGUUGAUAACAACCAAGGCGGAGCAACUGUCACUGGAGGUCCCCUGGGACAGAACAUGUUUGUAUUGCAACAGUUUCACUUUCACUUCGGCUGUAACAGCUCUGCUGGUUCUGAACACACGCUUGAUGGCAAGACUUUUGCAUCAGAGGUUGGAAUGUUAAUCUAUAGUUCAUUUCUCUGUUUUUUAUCGAUCCCUACAGUAUUGUUAAAUACGUCUCUUACUACUUUAUUUGAUGCCCUCGAAAUGUACCCCAUGUGACAACAGAAUCAAUCAAUGUAAAGGGUCAGUGACUAAAUCUGGAUUGAUUUAUUAUAGAUGCACUUGGUGUUUUACAAUUCAGUUUACAAGAGUUUCCAGGUGGCUUCCUCCAAACCUGAUGGCUUGGCCGUCAUUGGAGUAUUUUUGCAGGUAUGGGUACUAAUAAAGAUUAAAAUACGUUUCACAGGUAUUUAAUGAUGAAAAAACUAAAUAUUGUAAUUUCGACCCUCUGUUAUCUAAUUCGAUUCAAACACCGGUAGCACCCUUCCUCCCUUACUCUUGAAUAGGACUUAUGUGUAUUAUCCUUGGUUAUCUAAAUAAUAUUAGGGUUCGAUCAGCUUGUGACAUUAUUUAAAAGUUUUGAACAACACAUAAGAUAAAAAUUACCACCUUUAUUGUGUCGACAAGGCAGUUAAUGUAGCCGAGAAGUCGAAAUCAGAAACUCAAAAUUAUUAUUGGAAAAUAAAUUAAUGAUAAUCAUUAACUGUUAGAGUUUUUAUGUUUAAUUAUGCCUGUUCACUUAACGUAAGCCACGCUUUUACUCUCUCGGACUUGGUUACCUUGCUCUAAUUCAGGUCGAUGGAGGAUUCAGUAAAUGGAUGGAAUACAUCGCCGUUUCGUUAAGGAAUGUUAAGACUGCAAAUGGUAAACAUCCUUUAUUGUUCUUGUAUAUAAUUGUCAUAUUGUGUCUGACUUAAUCGCGCCUGAAAUAGCAGUUUAUCGGAUAAUAUACUCCGUUUUUGUUUCUUUCUUUUUCCUUAAAGAGAUCAACUAUAACCUUGGAGACAGCAUCGCUUUGUCGAAACUUGUUCCAGAGUUGGCUUCCAAGAACGCCCCUUACUAUGCGUACAAAGGCUCCCUUACCACCCCACCCUGUUAUGAAUCAGUGCAAUGGAUAGUGAUGAAAAAUCCGAUUUCGGUUACCGAGUCUCAGGUAAUGCUUACUAUCUGUGUUAAAAUAAUACGAUAUUAUUCUCAAUGAAGUGGAUCAAGUCAGUGGCUGAUGCAGAAGAAGAGUCCAGGGGAAAUGGACGCUUUUUUGACCAGAGCGGCUUUCAAAUUGCAUUUUGGCAUAAAGGCACAGAUGGAUUACAUACUACAUUCAUGCCUGCAAAUGCUUCAAUUAAUGACGUUCUUGCUUGUUUAAACUUGCCGAAAAAUAAUACAACAAUAGCCGGAGAAUGUAUAGUAACAUAACAUCGACGCAAACUGUAAAAACUGAACCGUUUCUAACAACGUAACAUGUAAGUAACUCUUCAGUGACAUUUAUGGUUUCUCAAAAUAACCGUCAUGAUUGUUAUGAAAGAUGCUUAUUUUCGUUUCAAGCUUUCCUUUUCUUCUCUUUUUUUUUGCUAUUUGCAGCUGGAGAUGAUGCGAUUAUUGACAACACCUAACGGUACUCCGAUGUGUAACAACUUCAGACCAGUCAGGCCCUUAAAUAGACGGAAACUCAUCCAACGGUCGCCCAAACAAGCUAAACUCCCUGGCCGGCUAAGGCUUCAAGGCAUUCGAUUGUAUCACUAA